AAUAUUUUGAUUUUCAGUUAUAGAAGACUGUUAUCGCGGUAACCUUCGUUCGUUCGUUCCUCUGUUCGUUGGCAGUUUGUGAGAAGAAGCCAUGACGGACGGUCAUCUCUUCAACAAUAUCACCCUCGGCGGCCGCGGCGGCACUAAUCCGGGGCAGAUAAAAAUAUUUUCUGGGGGAAUUUUCUGGAAAAGACAGGGGGGUGGUAAAUCAAUUGAAGUUGACAAAGCUGACAUAGUGAGCGUGACAUGGAUGAAAGUUCCAAGGAGCAAUCAACUCGGUGUUCAGAUCAAAGACGGUUUGUUCUACAAAUUCACUGGAUUUCGUGAUCAGGAUGUCUUAAGUUUGACCAAUUUUUUUCAAAACACCUUUGGAAUAACUGUAAAGGAGAAGCAGCUUUCUGUUACUGGGCGCAAUUGGGGAGAAGUUGAUUUAAAUGGAAAUAUGCUGGUUUUCAUGGUUGGUUCAAAGCAAGCUUUUGAGGUUCCUUUAGCGGAUGUCUCACAAACAAACCUUCAAGGGAAAAAUGAUGUGAUAUUGGAGUUCCAUGUGGAUGACACAACUGGAGCCAAUGAGAAAGAUUCAUUGAUGGAGAUAAGUUUCCAUAUACCGAAUUCCAACACCCAGUUUGUUGGUGAUGUAAAUACCUCCCCUGCUCAGGUUUUCUGUAAUAACAUAGUAUCUGUGGCUGAUGUUGGUGCUGGAGGUGAAGAUGCUGUUGUUACAUUUGAGGGUAUUGCAAUCCUUACACCAAGGGGACGAUAUAGUGUUGAGUUACACCUGUCAUUCUUGCGGCUUCAAGGACAGGCUAAUGAUUUUAAAAUACAGUAUAGCAGUGUGGUUCGACUAUUUUUACUUCCUAAGUCUAAUCAGCCACAUACCUUCGUCGUUAUUAGCCUUGAUCCACCUAUUCGGAAAGGACAAACUUUGUACCCUCAUAUUGUGAUGCAGUUCGAAACAGAUUCUGUGGUUGAUAGUGAAUUGGCAUUAAGUGAAGAUCUUUAUAACUCUAAGUACAAAGACAAGUUGGAGCUGUCUUAUAAGGGGCUUAUCCAUGAAGUGUUCACCACAAUAUUACGCGGGUUGUCUGGGGCUAAAGUUACCAAGCCUGGAAAAUUUAGGAGUUGUCAAGAUGGUUACGCUGUGAAAUCAUCUCUGAAAGCUGAGGAUGGAAUUUUGUAUCCCCUUGAGAAGAGCUUCUUCUUUCUACCUAAACCUCCCACUCUUAUUACACACGAAGAGAUUGACUUUGUGGAAUUUGAGCGACAUACUGCUGGUGGUUCAAAUAUGCAUUAUUUUGACCUUCUUAUCAGACUAAAAUCUGACCAGGAGCAUCUCUUCCGUAAUAUUCAAAGAAAUGAGUACCACAAUUUGUACGGUUUCAUAAGUUCAAAGGGCUUGAAAAUUAUGAAUUUAGGAGAUGGCCAAGCCGGUGUUGAUAAGGUUCUUGAGAGUGAUGAUGAUGACGCUGUUGAUCCCCAUCUUGAGCGCAUCAGAAAUGAAGCUGGCGAAGAUGAUAGUGAUGAGGAGGAUUCAGAUUUUGUUGCCGGAGAGUAUGAUGAAGGGUCUCCUACUGACGAUUCUGGGGCAGAUGAUUCUGAUGCUAGUCAAAGUGGUGAUGAGAUAGAGAAGCCUGCCAAAAAGGAGCCAAAGAAGGAUCUUCCUCCUUCUAACUCUAAGGCAUCUUCUUCUAAGAAGAAAUCAAAAGAUGCCGAUGAGGAUGGAAAGAAGAGAAAACCGAAGAAGAAAAAGGAUCCAAAUGCACCCAAGAGGGCAUUGUCUGGAUUCAUGUUCUUUUCUCAAAUGGAAAGAGAGAAUAUAAAGAAAACUAAUCCUGGGAUUUCAUUUAUUGAUGUUGGAAGAGUACUUGGAGAGAAAUGGAAUAAGAUGUCAGUGGAGGAGAAGGAGCCAUAUGAGGCAAAAGCCCGUGUUGAUAAAAUACGUUACAAGGAUGAGAUUAGUGGCUACAAGAAUCAACAAGCACAACCACAACCACAACCGAUGAAUAUUGAUUCAGGAAAUGAAUCUGACAGCCCCUAAGGUUGCUUUAACAUUGAGAGUAAUCCUGUCAGUUUCUGUACGCAUACGGUUUUAUGGUUGCUUAUUGUCAUGACAGUCAUUCUGUUAUAUUUCUAAAUGAUGAUGACAUCUCUUAUUGGUAAAAUGGUGCAAGUUUAUUAUGCUCUUUGGGGUGACCAAAUAACUUGUGAAAUUCACUGGAAUGUGCUCCUAUAGUAACUAAGCUCCUUUUGUCAAAAAACGUAACUAUGUUCUUGGGGUUAGAAAAGGUGGUAGAAGGAUGAAGUUUAAGUGCUUAACAUUAUUAGGGACCUGUAUCUGUAACCCUAUCUGCUAACAUACUGAUUACAUAACAGUGUUUCUUAGUUUGUGAUAAGCUGAAAUAGGCAACAAAUUUUGCACUGAUUAAAUAUAUACUAAGGUCUGCAGUUUGAUUCUUGAUUAUGGUCUUGUACCCGAUUAAACUAAUGAAAAAACUAGUUUUUGAGUAAAA